AAUCGCUCCACGGUAAUCGUACUGCAGUGCACCAUGUCUAACAAUUGCAUACAUGUUGUCAAAAGCUAGAUGGCGAAAAAUUAUCUCUACUGGUGUUCCAUCGCCGCUGUUUUUAUUUUGAUUACGGAUUUACUUGGAGUUUUGUGUUUACCAACCAAACUACCUCAGAUAGAAGGAUUAGAUCCUGGUAUAGUGAUUAUAGAACAGCCAAAUGAUCCAAUUAUAGCCAUUAAAAAAUCUAGUGUCUUAAUCAACUGUUCAGUGAUAUCCAGUAGUGAACAUGGGCAGGUUCAUUAUUUUUGGAAAAAAGAUGGCAUUCGACUGAAUAACAAAAAACAUCGAUCCCGGUUAGAGAUCAUGAGAAAUGGUUCAUUGCACAUACGCCGAGUUAUUCACAAAGGGAAAGGCAAUAUGCGCACAGAUGAAGGAUUUUAUGAAUGUUUCGCAAGAAAUAAUGUUGGAACAGUUAUUGGCAGACGAGUGGAAUUAAAAGUCACUAGAAUUGCCAAAGAAUUUACAGAAAGUCCUGUCUCUCAGGCUGUAGGUGUUGGGGGUGUCGUGUAUCUAGCAUGUGAGAUUGAAGCAGUACCUGAAACACUUUAUGUAUGGCAGAAAGACAAUGAACCUUUAAACACAAAUCAUGUAAGAUUUCGCCAGUAUAAAAACGCGUUAUUGAUAACCAAUGUACAAGCAUCUGAUGUCGGAACAUACAAAUGUUUUGCAGCCAUCAAAGCUUUAUUACGGAUGGAUGCCAGUUCAUCACAACUACGAUGGAGAUUCACCGAUGAGGCUGUCGUUAACAUAACUCAAGCUAAAACUUUUUUACCUCUUAAAAUAUGGAGAAAACCACAGACAAACAUAACAGUAAUGGUGAAUGGGUCUACCAUUAUUGAUUGUGUUGUUAGCAGUCAACCACUUCCACAAGUUAGAUGGACAUGGAACGGACAACAGAUACCACAAAGGGCAGCUAUUUUAUCAGACGGCAGUUUAUCAUUAUCUCAGAUAUCCACAAAAAUGGCUGGUAACUACGAGUGUCUUGCUAAAGUUGCUGGUCAUGAUGACAAAUACACCUUACUAGGAGUAACAGAGCUGUUUGUUGAAGUAAUAGCACAUUAUUACCCUGCAAUUACAUUGGGUCCAGCAAGCUCUGCCCACAAAAUAGCCAGACACAAUAUACUGAAGUGUGAGGUUACAGGUUAUCCUAAACCACGGGUUACAUGGCUUAAAAAUGGCAUGGUCGUACAACCAGACGGACGUCAUGAGGUAAUAUUUUCUUCAUCAUCUUGA